AUGAGUCCUACUCCUACUACUGCUACUUCAUUGGCUCCCGACCAUCACUAUUACUAUUACUCAAACAGCAGUGGUAAUAGAAUUAAAAACUCGCCAUCACCCAACAUCAUCUUUCCAGCCUCUUCACCAACACCCAAAUUAUCUUGCAACACGCCCAGUAUAAAACCAGUGUCUCCGUUUGACUGGGCAAGAGAAUGUAUGCUUGACGAUCAACAAGAAGCUUCUGGUGCUGCGGGUACAAUGGGUGGAUGGAACCAACAUCAUUUUGAAGAAAUGGAGCGAAUUGGCAAAGAACUUGAACAUGGUGAUGCAAUGGCCCUGGAACGUCUGCGUGAAAAAGCAAAUCCAACACCAGAGGAACGGUGCGUGCUUUCCUGGAUCGACUCAUCAUUGCAACAACAACAAGAGCCAUCUAAUUGUUCACCAUCACCAUUUACUCUUGACAGUCUUAAUAGCAGCUCUUCAGCAUCAUUGCAUCGUCAAGAAGAGCAUCAACAAUCAACACCAGCACAACAACAACAACAACAGCAAAGACCUGCAACGAGUUUUCUGGCAUUUUUGAAUCGGUUUAAAAAGGCGUUUAAAGUACAGUAG